CUACAGUUCAUUCUUUUUGGAGAACACCAUUUCAAAUUCCAUAGCUAAACUAUCCUUGGAUUUAAUCUCCUAGCAGCAAUGCCUGCCAAUUACAAUGGAACAUGGGAGAUGGUAUCAAAUGAAAACUUUGAAAACUAUAUGAUUGCUUUAGGCAUUGAUUUUGCUACCCGUAAGAUUGCAAACCAUCUAAAACAAACAAAAGAAUUUAUUCAAGAUGGAGACAAUUUCAAGACAAAAACACUGAGCACUUUCAGGAACUAUGAAUUGAAUUAUACCAUAGGAGUGGAAUUUGAAGAGCACACCAAGGGGCUUGACAAUCGAGUUGUGAAGACAAUAGUGACCUGGGAUGGUGACAAACUCAUCUGUGUCCAGAAAGGUGAAAAAAACAAUAGAGGAUGGAAACAUUGGAUUGAAGGAGAAAAACUGCAUCUAGAAUUGACUUGUGAAGACCAGGUGUGCCAUCAAGUCUUCAAGAAGACAAAAUAGACUGCAUUUGAUGCAGCUGCAAGAUUUGUGCUUAUUUUUUCUCUGUUUAAUAACUAAAAGAAUAAAAGCUUGAUUUUGUCAGAGA